CCUACUAUUGUGUACCUUAAGCUGAUCGAGCUGUAUCCCUGGCAAGAUGUUACAAGAUUAGCAUUUAGCUGCGUUGGUCGCCUGGGGUACUUUUGUUGGACUCGUUCCAUCCCUUUGAGGCACUAAUUUUGGCGGACAGCAACCGGGGGUUAAUAGGCUGCCCCGGUGGAAGGAUGUUAAUGUGGUUUUGGCUUCCUACAAGCGGCAAACUCAACUUGUCACCUGAGCCGGCCAACUCGCUAGCUUGUUAGCUAAGCUCGAGGUCGACGACACGCUGAGGCUGCACGGGGGUUUAUUCUGUCGGGAAUGUUUAUCUUAAGCUUUCGUUUCGGCUUAAGGUGGGGGUAGUACCGACGUAUUUUAGGUUAAAUUCCAUGUAAUUAUAGCGUAGUCAUUCACCCAAAUGGGGUGCCAUUAGGCUAUAUGCUAGCAAGCGAGCUAGCUGUAUGUAACAUCGCUCUUACUAAAAAUACACCCUUGUCCUGUGGUGGGGUCGUCCGCUACAUUUUUGCCGUCUCCGUCUUUUAUGGUGACCUCGCCCAGUGUUUGGCACUCUACAUGGUCACUACGGUGGAGCCAAGCCGACAGGAAGAGCGAGCCGGAGCCCGAGGUGGUGAGUCGGGUUGGGCUGACUUGACGCCGCAUCGCACCAGCUGGAAGGUGUUGCUAGCGCGUUACUUUGUCCCCAUGUCCUGCCGUUAGUGGACAUAUAACGAGCCCUGGUCCACACCAGGGAUACAGGAGCGAGGCUUGUUGUAAGGUCAAGCAUAAAGUCUUUGUUUCCACUGUCAACUGUGUGAGAUCUUGCGAGGACAACCGUGCCAAGUGGAUCGUCAUGUCGGAAGAUAACAGCGCAGAUAACUUCAUCAAGGAAGCAUCCAUUCUUGAGGAAUACAAUAUUAACUGGACACAAAAGCUAGGCGCUGGCAUCAGUGGACCUGUCAGAGUUUGUGUGAAGAAGUCAACACAGGAACGAUUGGCCCUGAAGAUCCUCAUUGAUCGCCCGAAAGCUAGGAAUGAGGUGCGACUCCAUAUGAUGUGCGCCAACCACCCAAACAUUGUGCAAAUCUUGGAGGUGUACGCCAACAGUGUCCAGUUCCCACACGAGUCCAGCCCGAGAGCCCGGCUUCUGAUUGUCAUGGAGAUGAUGGAAGGCGGCGAACUGUUCCACAGAAUCAGUCAGCACAGGCACUUUACUGAAAAAAUGGCCAGCGAAGUCACAAAGCAGAUCAGUCAAGCCUUGGAACACUGUCACUCCUUAAAUAUUGCACAUCGGGACCUGAAGCCAGAGAACCUGCUCUUCAAGGAUAACUCUUUGGAUGCUCCCGUGAAGCUGUGUGACUUCGGCUUUGCCAAAAUAGAUCAGGGGGACUUGAUGACACCUCAGUUCACUCCCUACUAUGUAGCUCCUCAGGUACUUGAGGCUCAAAGAAGACACCAGAAGGAAAAGUCUGGAAUCAUACCUACCUCACCCACUCCUUACACCUACAACAAGAGCUGUGACUUGUGGUCUCUGGGCGUCAUCAUCUACGUGAUGCUGUGCGGCUAUCCUCCAUUCUACUCCAAGCAUCACAGUCGCACCAUUCCCAAGGACAUGAGAAAGAAGAUCAUGAUGGGCAGCUUUGACUUCCCUGAAGACGAGUGGAGUCAGAUCUCAGAGAUGGCAAAGGACAUCGUGCGCAAGCUGCUGAAGGUGAAGCCAGAGGAGAGGCUAACCAUCGAAGGAGUCUUGUCUCACCCGUGGCUCAACUGCACCGAGGCCCUGGACAACGUGCUGCCCUCGGCCCAGAUGAUGAUGGACAAGGCGGUGGUCGCAGGUAUCCAGCAGGCCCAUGCGGAGCAAUUGGCCAACAUGAGGAUUCAGGAUCUGAACAUCAGCCUGAAGCCACUCAACUCUGUCAACAACCCAAUCCUCAGGAAGAGGAAACUCCUUGGCCCCAAGCCCAGUGACGGUUUCUUCAUUCACGACCCAGAGAACGGAGGUGAGGACUCCAACGUAGCGCUGGAGAAACUACGAGAUGUCAUUGCACAGUGUAUUCUUCCACAGGCGGGAGAGAAUGAGGACGAGAAGCUGAACAUGGUGAUGUAUGAAGCCUGGCGGUUCAACAGAGACUGUAAACUGCUGCGAGAUGGCCUGCAGGGCCUCAGUUGGGACGGUCGAGCGUUUUCCGAUAAGGUGGAUCGCUUGAAGUUGGCCGAAAUCGUAAAACAGGCCAUCGAAGAGAGGACAAAUCUGGAAGAGUCUCACUAGCGAAUGUCUUUCUAUUGAUCGUUUUUUAUAUUAUCUUUUUAACAGGGCUUUUAUAAAAAGUCAAAUGUGCUUUUCCUCCCCUUGGAUUCAUUUGCAAGGCCUAUUGUACAGCUGUUAAAAAAACUUGGUACUUGCAAAGAAAAAACAACAACUAUAUUUUCAUUUUUGAAAAAAAAAAAAAAAAAAAAAAAAGAAGAGAAAAAUCAAUGUGAAAAAUUAUUUUCUUGGAGGGAAUUUUUAUUCGCAGCUUGUAGUGAUUUAUUUUAUCCCAGUGAUUUCAUUUCUUUUAACUUUCCAAACAGUUUUAUUUAUUUAAAGAAAAAGUUCCAUUAUUUAUGUACUGUUUUUUUUGUUAUUUUUGUUUUGGUAGCCUGUGAGCAGGCUUUAAAGAAGAAUUCUGAUUUUUAUGCACAUUAUACGUUUUAGACCUGUGUUCAUGUCAGUGUGAGUCCCUCUUUUAAAGCUGCAAAGAGACACUUGGAAUAAGAUCCAACCAGACAUCAACCACGAAGGCUCGUUGUCCUCCCAGCAAAUCAGCUUUUGACAUAAAAUCUUACCUACUUGAGUUGCCAACAGCAUCUUGAGCUUCCUCCUUCCGGUCUUCUUUAAUGUGUCACCCUACUUCUUGGACCCUUCCAUGGACAUACAGAAGAUUCUUGUAGCUGUCUCUAGUGGUAAAGUCAUGAUUCAGCCUUAAACUUCUUUUUUGAUAUAUACAUUUUUUUUUUUAUAUAUGAUUUGUUUCAAACUGUUCAAGUGGAAAUGUUCUGAGUUAGACAUCCUGCUGCUUGACUGACUACAAAGAAAUGUGUUUUCUUUGGAUAGUGGACGUCUAUCCUCAAAUCUCAAAUAGAAGUCCCUACUCUAAUAGAUGCCAUGCCCCGAUUCGUCGCCGGGUGCGUCAUCCACUUAAAGCAUUUAAAUGACUCCCUUCUCAUCUGGGUUAGAGACGCUAAUGUUCACACACUGCUAUGCCCAUUUGAACUCUGUUAACCAAAACAGCAGCACCUACUGAAGCACUUAAGUCUAUGAUGAAAUGAAGUACAUAAUUUUACUGUUUGUGAACAAGUUCCCUGCACAGUAUUGAUAAUCUCCUUAAAACGCCAGUUUGAUAUAAUGUACAAGUAGCAUUGUUUAAUAGUAUUCUAAAAAUGCCUUUGUACAAAUAAAGGUCUGCCCCCCAAUAUACUCCUCCUCUAAUCUGCUGCAAGUAAAUAAAUAAAGCCCCCAAUACUAUGGAGUCAUGUUGCUGUGAUCAUAUCCCUACCAAGUCUUGUCCAUAUAUGGUCAUGCCCACAUCAAUGUGCUAAUGCCCAUAUUAUGGAGGCAUGGCCACAUAUGGUAGGUCCAUGUCCUCAUGUACAUAUGUCGUCGUGUCAACAUAGGAUAGUAUGGAGUCAUGUCAAUUUAUGGUGUGCCAAUGUCCAUACUAUCAAAUCAUGUUGAAAUAGUCAGUGUCCACAUGUGAUGUCCAAAAAUGAAUAUGUCCAAAUGUGGUUACAGCCAAGCGGCCUUGUCCAUAUAUGGUGAGGUCCAUGUGUUAAUGUCCAUAUUAUGGUGUGUACGUGUAUCUCCCCCCCCCCCCUCCCCAAUAUGGUAGGUCCAUGUCCUACAUACUGUGUAGUCGUGUCCAAGUGGUCGCAUCCACAUUUGGUAAUUUACACAUGUGGUCAUGUAUGUGUGCUAAUGUUCAUAAUAUGGAGUCAUGUCCACAUACUGCAUGGUCAUGUCCAUAUCAUGCUGAUCACAUCACCCAUGAGCCAGUGUGGUGUUUCUAUGGCGACGGGGUGAGCCAGCAGAACCAUGCAUGUCUGAAUAUUCACAGCUUCAUUGUUUCUUCUCCAUGACUUUGUUAAUGGAUGCAAAUUAUCUAUAUGGGAUAAUUCUUCCACACACAUUUUCACUGGAUUUUCCUUUUUCAAUCUCUUGCUGUAAAAGCAUGUCCAAUGUCUUUGGAUAUGAUCAGAUAAAGUGAAGGAUGAAAUAUUCCACUACUUUACCAACACUAUUUUAAAAAAAAAGGAAAUUAUUUCUUCUGUUUACAUUCAUCAUUAGUGAAACUUUUGUAAACCGCUUGUUAGGAUUAGGAUUUUUAUUUCUUUUUGUUCUGCUCCAUCAUUUGAUGUGAUUAUUUGGAAGAUUUUUUUUUUUUUUUACAAAUGGACUCCCUUUAAAUAUCCUGGACAACCAUAACUAGAACUAUUUUUAAGGCCUUAUUGCACAAGCAAAUGUGCCUUGGGAACUUUUCUUGAGUACAAAAUUGUUCAUUAUUUUGUAUUUUACUAAAAAUAUUAAUCAUUCCACAAAUGGGCUAUUUUUUUUGAAUGGGUUUCACAUUUCUUGGGGGAGUGUAACUCAUCAAAAAAAAAAAAAACAUUACAAAUUGAGCUUUUUGAGCAUCUGAUUCAAUACCAUAAAAUGAUUUUGUACCAAAAGUAUCAAUGUUUUAAAAAAGUAGCACAAGCCCAUCAUGGAAAUCUUUACAUAUUUCUGCCUUCUCUGGAAUGUCUUCAACUUGCUGACUUUGUAAUAAAAAAGACUUUUCAAGAGCUCUUAAGUCAUUAAUACUUCAGUGCAGACUACUGUUUUAAUUCUCCUGUUGGUACCAACUUAAUGUUUUUCUCAAAAUGACUUUCAUAACGUUUGUUUGUUAUAAGAUUAUUACAGCUUGGGUCAUAAUACUGACUUACUUUAUAGUCGAACAUUUCUCUGAACUAUGACAUUUCUCCUGUACUAUUACAACUAUUUGUGACAGUGCAACUUUUUUUUGUAAUGUUACUAGUUUUCUAUUGUUUACUAUUGGAAUAUAGGCUUUUUCUUGUUUUAUAACCUCACAUAAUUAACCCCCCCCCCCCCUGAUAAUUACUUUUGUCCCAAAUUAAAACCUCUCUCAUGACGUUUUAGCAUGUUAACCAGUUAGCUCGGCGCUGCUUGCUGAAAUAAAAACAUCACAGAGCAAGCUCCUCCAUUGUGCAUCGUUUUCAAAAAUGAAAAAAUGCCAGCAUUUUAAGUUAAAACUCUUUUAAUUUCAGAUAGAAGAAACAGAAAUAAAGUGUUUCAUAAGAAAAGUCAAUUCACAGCCACCAACAAGACAGUCUGUUCUACAUACAAAAGGCACUAUUUUUUCCCCUCAAUCAUUUGUCAUAAAGCAGCAAGACUUUGCUCCUGUGAUGGAAUUCAUGAGUAUUCUAAAUUAGAGUAUCAUUUAUUCUUUUCAUUUUAAA